AUGUCCGGUACCGCUCAAGCACGACUCUCGCAAGUCAACUCACACUUGUCUUCCGACCCUCGACCGAAUCCCAUCCCUAAUAAUGCCACCUCUUUGCUCCAAAAAUCUCCGAACGAUGUCGUCGUCACCUGUGCCCUCCGCACUCCCUUUACCAAGGGAGGCAAAGGCCCUCUAAAAGACACGAUGGCGGCCGACCUCCUCGUUCACACUUUCAAGAACCUGAUAUCCCGCUCUAAAAUCGACCCGAAGGUCGUCGAGGACAUCGCUGUAGGCUGCGUGCUCGCUCCUGGAGGAGGUGCUACCGAAUAUCGUGCUGCUGCAUUAGCUGCCGGUUUCCCUGAAACGGCCGCAGUCAAGUCCUUGAACCGGCAAUGUUCCUCCGGCCUACAAGCUUGUGUCGACAUCGCCAACGCUAUCUCCAGUGGUAUGAUCGAUGUCGGCAUUGGUGCAGGCGUCGAAAGCAUGUCUACUCAAUACGGCCCGGGCGCCGUGACCGAAUUCUCCGACUUGCUUGAGAACCAUAUGCAGUCCGCCAACUGCAAAGUGCCUAUGGGCGUUCUAUCGGAAGACAUGGCCAAGGAAUACAAGAUCUCUCGCGCAGACCAAGAUGCCUUUGCUGCUGCCUCGUACCAAAAAGCGCUCAAGGCUCAGCAAUCUGGCCUCUUUGAUGAAGAGAUUGCACCCAUAACAGUCAAAUAUACCGAUCCCAAGACAGACGAGGAAAAGACUGUGACCGUCUCCAAAGACGACGGCACCCGUCCAGGAAUCACUGCCGAGUCGCUCUCCAAGAUCCGGCCUGCGUUUGCCAAAGAUGGCUCCAUCCAUGCUGGCAACGCUUCCCAGGUCUCCGAUGGUGCUGCUGCGGUGCUGCUCAUGAAGCGCUCUACAGCCGAGAAACUUGGCCAGCCCAUUCUCGGUAAGUACGUGACUGCUUCUGUGGUCGGCGUGCCACCCUUGUACAUGGGUGUCGGUCCCUGGAAGGCCAUCCCAGUGGCUCUGGAGAAAGCAGGCAUCACCAAAGACGAUGUCGACAUCUUUGAGAUCAACGAGGCCUUUGCCAGUCAGUGCUUGUGGUGCACGAAAGAGCUGGGAAUCCCUCUGGAGAAAGUCAACCCCAAGGGCGGCGCCAUUGCAUUUGGCCAUCCACUUGGCUGCACAGGAGCGAGACAGGUUAGCACAUUGCUGACGGAGUUGAAACGGACGGGCAAGAAGGUGGGUGUCACCAGCAUGUGUGUCGGAACAGGCAUGGGCAUGAGUGCCGUAUGGGUAGCCGAAUAG